CCCUACUUUCACUUCAAAAACAAAAGGAAAAAAAUAAAUUCGAAAUUAUGAAAACAGCAUCCUCCCCUAUAAAUGUUGCAACGGUCGUCCCCUUUCUAACAUCCUCUACGGCUACUAGACCCUAAACCUCUCAGAAAUUCUCCAUCAAAAAAGCUCUCAAUUGCUCUACAAAUGGCGAAAUCUUACGGCAAUACUAUAAACCUUGUAGAAGAUGAUGAACAAGAUUAUUCUGAAAUGGAAGAUUCCGAGUUCGAAGAUGUUAAUUCAGAUGAUUCAGAAGAAGACCCCACAUACAUGGAUGAUCUUAACGAGGCAAAAUCCAAGCUCUCCAAUUUAUCAAUCAAAACCAGAUUUAUUUCAAGUGGCAAAAUUGAUGAUGAUGAUGAUGAUGAUGAGGUCUCAAUUAUAGAGGAAAUGAGUGCACCAAAGCUUGGAAUUAAAGAUAUAAAGGAUUUUGAGGAAAUUCAGAGAAUUAUAGAUUGUGGGCAGGUAGAGAAAUUGAAAGUGGAGCAAUGUAAGAUUUAUUUAAGGAAAAAUGGGCUGAGAUUGACUGGAAAGAAAGACACCCUUAUCCAAAGAAUUAAGGAGCAUUUAGAGAUACUAAAUGGGGGAGGAGAAAGAAAGUUCCCACAAUCAAGCUUUGUGUUAAACUGCAAGGGUGAUGCUUGUAUGGGGGACGUUGUGAUGUUUGAACAAACCGUUUAUGAAGGGUACAGUAUCGCUUCAAGAAGUGCUAUUGGUCCUCCAUGCGGUAAACGACUAGUUGUUGGCCGUAUAGUGAAAGAAAGUUAUGGUGCUGCCAAGCAGCAGCAUACAUUUACGGUUGAGGUUCUCUGGAGCAAGGGCUACAAAUCACUGCCUCCACUUCAUCCCCUCCUAAUCAAGGGUAGAAAUCUCUACAAAUUGAACACACUGAGGCAGAGAUGGGAAGAUGAAUCUGAACGACCGCGAGUUUUGAGUGAAAAGCAUAGCAGAGGUUCAAUUGCAAGAUCAAAUAGGGAAUCCCGAAUUCAGGAAAAGACAUCGAAGAAGACGCUCAAGAGCAGCUCAAGGGUUUGUCCAAAAGGACAGUCGUCACAUCAACAGAAGAACCAUAAAUGUACUAUAGAUCAUGUCUCCCAGCAGAAUAAGGAAAACAUAGCAGCAGCUUCUCGAGUGUGCUUGGCAAACAAAGACAAGUUCUGUGGGUUUUCAGAUAAGUUUCUACAUCCAAGACAGCCGCGUAAUUUUGAGUCCAAAGAGAAUUAUGUUCGACCUGUUUUGAUCCCUCAAAUGUUCCAGCAGAAUCCCGCCUCAUAUCAUAAUAAUUCCAUUGUCCCUCCAAUACGUGAACACAAUAGAACAGCUGAGUCAAUGGGAUCUCAUUAUGGGUUUUCAGAUAGGUUUAUACAUCCAAGACAACCACGUCAUUUUGAGUACGAAGAGAAUCAUGUUCGACCUGUUUUAAUCCCUCAAAUGUUCCAGCAGAAGCCCGUCUUGUAUCAUUCUGAAAAUGGGAACUUACCGACUUCUGUCAAUUGGUCAGUUGAUUCAAAUAGAACAACAUUGCAUACUUCAUAUGGGAGAAAUCAUCAAAAGGAACAACAACAGCCAUGUCGAUUCUAUCCUCGAGGCAAGUGCUACUACGGGGAUCGCUGUAGGUUUUUGCAUGAAGCAAAUAGGAACCAAUGUUGAAUUUAAACAACUCUAUGAUAAAUUCUAAUCCAUUGAUACUGUGAUUUCAUGUGAACUACAUUUUGAUGGCACUUUUUCCCCUAGAAUCUGAUAUCUCAAUGUAUUCAAACAAAUGAUUAAUACACUUCAUCAGAUUACUGACCAAUUUAUUUCUUGAAGAUAUUGAACCAUGAUUUA